CUCUACCUUCUUCAAAGGAUACUACUCGAAGGCGGCAAGUCGCUCCCAGACUUUCCAGACAUGCCUGUGCCGCAACGUGAUUGGGGCGCGUACAGCGACAAUCCAUACAUCGCAGAGCAGCUCACGCAAUACGAUCCAGACGUCGAGAGCGAGCAGGCUCACCAGCUUAUAGCCCUCAUGAACGCUGACCAGCGCACAGCCUUCGACGCUAUCAUCGCCUCCGUCAAUGCGCGCGAUGGCCAGCUGUUCUUCCUCAAUGGUCCAGGCGGGACAGGGAAAACAUUCAUCUACAAGGCGCUCUGCCACUGUCUGCGUGCCGAGAGCUCUAUUGUCCUCUGUGUCGCAUCAUCAGGCAUCGCUGCACUCCUCCUCCCUGGUGGCAGAACUUCGCAUUCUACCUUCAGGAUUCCAAUUGAUAACCUCACCGAUGCCUCAUCCUGUUCUAUCAGCAAACAAUCACUCCGCGCAGAUAUGCUUCGCAUGGUCCGUCUCAUCGUU